GCACGCCGCGCGCCGACAUGCGGCGGUCUGCCAGCGAGGCGCUCCUGCACAGCGGCACCCUCCUGGCGCGCGCAGGGUGCCAGCUGCGGCAGCAGGCGCACGAGCGCGCCGCCGCCGGCGCGGCCGCCACGGCCGGCGCUGCGGGCGGCCACUUUGGCCGGAACCAGCUGCAGGCGCAGCAGACGGCGCCGGCGGCCGCCCGCGCCUGGCCGCUGUCGCCGCAGCCGGCGCCCGCCGCCGCGUGGCCGCUGUCUCCCCAGCAGACGGCGGCCGCCUCCGCGGCCGCGUGGCCGCUGUCCCCGCAGCCGCCGCACACGGGCGCGUGGCAGGCGCCGCAGGCAUUGGCCGGGCAGGCCGCCGGCGGCGGGGCCCAGGGGGCGGCGCCCCUCCUCUUGCUGAUUUCACGCGACAGCCCAGCUGCCACCGCCGGAGUGGACCCACCGUUAUCGCAACAGCAGCCGCAGCAGCAGCAGCAGCAGGAGCACCAGCGGCAGCAGCAGCAGCACGCGCCGCCGUCGAUGCCGACGCAAGCAUCGGCGCCGAACGACGUCCUCGCGUCCCCGCCGCCGUCCCAGGCCGCCGUUGCGCUGCGGCCGGCGCUCAAGCGCUGCCUCUCCUCGCAGCUGGCGGGCUCUCCCCCGCGGAGCGGCGCCUACGGGCGCGCCGCCCCGGUGCCGGGUGGCGCCCUCGCCGCCUGCCCGUCGAUCCAACAGCUGACCGAGCCGAAGCGCUGCGGCGGAGCCGAGGGCUGCGAGGGCGCGCACGCUUGCGGCUCCGCAGGGAGCGCCGAGGGCGGCUUGAUCGGCGCCGCAUGGCCGCAGGGUGGCAGCCCCUGUGCUGUGCGCGGCGUCGCGCGGCGUACGUCGAGCCUGAGGGUGAUGUGGAAGGACCUGCAGGAGGCUGAGUCAGCGACAACCGCCGUCGCGCCGGCCGCGGCGGGCUCCACGCAGGGGCAGGAGGCGACCCCGUCUGGCGCGUCAGGCGCAGGCGCCCCAGCGGGCGCGCCCAAUGCGGCGUCGCUGCCGCAGCAGCUGAUGCAGCUCCGGGCAGCGACGGCCGCGGCGGCGGCGGAAAUGCCCCCGUCGCAGCAGCAGCAGGAGCAGCAGCAGCAGCAGCAGCUGCAGGUCGAGGCGCCUUCCAGCGGCCUGGGCGGGCCGACUGCAGCGGCACUGCAGCAAGCACCCCAGAAGCAGCAGCCCCCAACACCCACGAGCCGCGGCGGCGGCGGCGGCUUGAGGGCGGCCUCGGACCCCGCGCAAGACGCCGGCGGCAUCAGCGGCCCCGCCGCGCCCAACCCCGCAUCCGCGCGCCGCCUGUCCCCCCUGGCUGCGCGGCAGAGCCCGUUCAGUGCCCUCGCGCGCGUGCCGGUGCUCUGGCGCGGCAGCGAGGAUGGCGGCGGCGCCGCCGCCGCCGCCACAGCAGUCACGGUGGCCGCUGCAGCGCCUUUGGCGCCGGCACCCGCGCUGUCGCCCGCUUCGGGCCGCGUGCCGUCCGGCCUGCUGCGGCACCACAGUCGCGGCGCGUCCGUGGAGCGAGUCUUGACCGCCCUGCGCGCCAUCGGCAUCGCGCCAAGUGGCGGCGGCACCGCCGGCGUGGGCGGCUGUCUGGCACCCAUGACCCUCAGCGCCGGCGGCAGCGAGGCAAGCUCUGCAGAUAGCGCGCCUGGCGCUGGCGGCGCCGCCGCCCCCGAUGCUGCUGCCUUCUUGGAGGAUGACGGCAGCAGCAGCGCUCCAGACAGCAGCCCAUGCAGCAGCGCCGCGCUGCGCCAGGCGCUCGCUGGCCCUGACAGCGCUCUCUC